AUGCAAGAUCCAGUAGGGGGCAUAAAGAAAAUCGAGCUUGAUCAAAAUAAAGAAUAUAUCUAUGAAGAUAUUCGUAAAUUAGCACUUGCUGCUAUGAGGAACAAUGACAAUGCUGAUACUCUUGAUAAUUCAACGAUCAGAUUAGAAACUAACGAAGAAGAAAUUUUACGUUUGUGUUUACUAACUACGGUACGAAAAGUUUCUAGGGAUGUCAACAUGAACAAGGUUGAUGGAGGAUUGAUUCCUCAAAAAUCGAACUUGAAUCAACAUUCAUCCUCACUAAAGUUAACUCAAUCAGCACCUAAAAAUAUCAUCUCGUUAUCCCACAGAAGAAGUGGUCCAUCUAUAAUACUUAGUACUUCUUCACGUGUUCAUAAAUCAGAAGAUGUUGCAAUCAUCGGUUCAGUUGUUAACCGUAGAAACUCAGUUCCGCAUGUUCAAUCAUCAACGCCUACCAAUGACGUUAUUGAACCUGUGUCUUUGUCUGUACCGAUCAUUAAAGAAAAUGAACUUAAAUUCACAGAAAAAAUUCUCGGGCGAGGUACUUUUGGCUGCGUCAUAUUAUCUAAGUGGAUUAAAAAUGGAUCUGAUGUUGCCGUCAAAAAAAUUCGAGUACUAAAUAACCAAAAAUAUUUGAUUCGUGAAAUGCAAGCUAUGGACCUUGUUAGACAUUCAAAUAUUGUUGCACUAAUGGCUGGAUGUCACACGAAUGAUUAUGUUUACAUUGUCAUGGAGUAUUUUGAAAUCAACAAUCACUUAGUAAUAAAGCUAUGUGAUCUAGGACUUAGUAAGAUUUGUGAUACGUCAUCCACAUCGGCACUAAAUACUACCGUUGGUCAUAAUUUCAGAGGCACUCCAAUGUAUAUGGCUCCAGAAAUUUUAAUAGAUCAAUUACCAGCAUCAACUUCCUCAGACAUUUGGGCAAUGUCCUGUUAUAUCAUUGAACUUUUUACUGAAGAUAAUGUGUGGACUGUGAAACCUGUUUUAACAAUACCCAAUCUGCGUCAAGUAGUGCUGGAUAAAAAGAAGCCAGAUUUAGAGCUUAUUUCUAUAAGUAUUAAAAAUAUACUUAGCGAGUGUUUUAAGCACGAACCCACUGAGAAGCCAACUGCAUUGAGUUAA